AUGUUGACUUCCCCCAUCAAGAUGCAGCACCGGCGGCUGCUCCGCAAAACUCGACAGACUACAGUUGAGGAAGUCGAGGAUGAGGAUGGGAUGUUGUUCCCCAAUAACGGGCGAUAUUUUGAACCUCAGUCGGAUGCUGGCUGGGCACUGCAACGUACCAAGAGGAAGAGGGUGAGGAUCCAUGGUCACCUUUCCGAGGAUGCGGAAGAAUGGGAUCUGGCCCAGUGGCUCGUCAAGAACCUCGGUCAGAUGCGAACCGACAAAUUCCUAAAACUGCCCAUUACACAAAACCGCACAAAACUUUCGUUUCAUAACAACCGCUCAUUCUUGCAGCGCGUGGACGAACUUCCACACGGGCCAGGAUGGAGUUGUAAGAAGGUGACUGUGCGUGGUAACUGCAAGGAUGAGAACGGCGAGAUGUUGCAAGAGGAGGUUGAGUUGUGGUGCCGCGAUCCUGUAGAGUGCGUGAAAGAGCUCAUUGGCAACCCUUCCUUCAAAGAAGAUAUGGCCUACUCACCUGCCAAAGCAUAUGCAGACCGUGCAGGGCAAGAUAGGGUGAUCGACGAGAUGUGGACAGCAGACUGGUGGGGCGAUAAACAGAAAGCCUUGCCAGAAGGUGCCACAAUAGCACCAAUCAUUCUAUCUUCAGACAAAAUGUCCUUGUUGCAGUUCCGAGGGGAUAAAUCGGCGUGGCCGGUGUAUAUGUCCAUUGGAAACAUCGCUAAAGCAAAACGGCGCCAAGCAUCAGCACGAGCGACAGUCCUGAUUGGUUACUUACCAGCAGGCAAACUGGACUGUUUCACCCCCAAUGCACGCUCCUUGGCUGGAUACAGGCUGUUCCACCAUUGCAUGGCUCUACUGCUUGAACCUCUCAUCGGUGCUGGAAACGACGGUGUUGAAAUGGUGUGUGCGGACUCGUGGGUUCGUCGUGUCUACCCAAUUCUUGCAGCAUACGUUGCCGAUUUCCCGGAACAGUGCUUGGUCAGUUGUUGCAAAGAGAACCGAUGUCCGAAGUGCCUUGUAGCAGCAAAUGAGCGAGGGGAUGCACUCAACUCGGCAAUGCGUGAUCCAGAGUCAACAAAAGAUAUUUUGCACAGGCGCAAGAUUGGUCAGCAUCCUCCGGAAUUCGAGGCCAAUGGUUUAUGUGCCGUUUACAAACCAUUUUGGGCUGAUCUCCCUCACGCGGGCAUUUUUCUAGCGUUCACGCCCGACCUUUUGCAUCAACUUCACAAGGGUGUGUUCAAAGACCACCUUGUGAAGUGGCGCAUCGAUAUCAUUGGGGAGGACGAAAUGGACUCACGUUUCAAGGCAAUCCCGAAUUAUCCCGGCCUUCGACACUUCAAGAAAGGGAUAUCGAGUGUGAAGCAGUGGACGGGACAUGAACACAAAGAGAUGCAGCAAGUAUUUGUUGGCUUAUUGAGCGGAGCAGUACCUAGUCAUGUUUUGGUAGUUGCACGAUCUAUUCUCGACUUCUCGUAUUUUGCCCAGCUUCAAGUUCAGAUGACUGAGUCCCUCGAAGCCCUACAAACCGCCCUGACUGUAUUUCACACUAACAAAGACAUCCUCAAGGAGCUCGCUGUUCGAGAGCAUUUCAACAUUCCGAAACUACACCAGCUCUCUCAUUACGUCCAGUCGAUCACGUUGUUUGGCGCAGCUGACGGCUUUAAUACUGAACUUCCAGAGCGCUUACACAUUGAUUUCGCAAAAGAUUCAUACCGUGCUAGCAACAAACGGGACUACGAAGAACAAAUGGCUUUGUGGCUCCAACGCCAAGAAGCCGUAUUUUUACGUAGCGCAUACCUGGAUUGGUUGUCCCAACAGCCUCGCUCUAAGUCACCUGCGGGUCUCACUGGAUGUCAUUCAAACCCAUACAACUUCGACGCAGAUUCGGACACGGACUCGGAGUCGGAAACACCAAAUCUUCCCGCCGCUGAACCACUUCAAGCAACACAUGUCCUUGCGAAAGCCCCCACACAUCCUCACCAAUCCGUUGGAACCAUCAUAACAGCACACGGUGCUACCGAGUUCCUCCCUGCUCUCCGAUCCUUCUUGCUCAAGAAUCUCCCACACAACACCAUAGUCCCUGGACUUCAAGACCGAUUCGAUCUUUAUCAUCAAGUGGUGAUCGUGACGCCACCUGAUUUACGAGUUAGCGACGUGCCACAGCGAAGGCGGAUCAGGGCAACACCAGAAACGUUGCCGUCAGGCCAGAAGCCUGGUAUCCCAGCCCGGUUUGACAUGGCCUUGAUAGCAGACAGGCCUCGCUCUUCUAACUUCCAUACUCUUGAAGGUGUACAUGUAGCCCAAGUUCGCGCUAUUUUCACCCUACCUCGCCAGUUCGGCGCAUAUUCCAGAGCCCUCGCCUACGUCGAGUGGUUCACUCCUUUCAAACCACCAGACCCUGUUUCUCGAAUGCGACAGGUCUCGCGCUCAACACGACAACUUUGCCGCAAUGCCACUGUAAUCCACGUUGACGAAAUCGUGCGGCCGUGCCAUCUAAUACCGAAGAUGGGACAAACAGUAGAUCUGAGGUUGAGAAGCGGAAAUGCAUACGAGGUGGCAAACGAUUUUUAUUUCAACGAGUUCAUUGAUGGCGAAAUGUUUUGCGCAUGUGUUAUAAUUAAUUAG